GUGCUGUCACCCCAGACAAAAACGAAUCCGCAUGAUCUGACUCUCAUUUCAACCCAAAGUGCGAACGGUCUGCUUGAAAUGUCUGACCAACAGGGGAAGGCGAACAAGCUGGCUGGCGCUGUAAUGUUAGGAAAGUCGACUUACAAUGCACAAACAUUGCUAGAGUUGCAUUGUUGCGGGUUUGGCUAGUACCAAGAGCCAAUUCUCCAGCAUCGAGCUGAAGCUUGUUCAACGUCCAGCGUUCGGCCCCUAGGACUGAUCAAGCGAGCAGUUGGCUUGCUGGCCGCUUGAGUGCUUCUUGCCGUUUAGUUUCUCGAUGCCAUCACCGACUGUUCGGACCCAUUCUUGACUCUGUGUCGGCCCAGUGACUGAGUCAGCGAAGUCAAUAAAUAUGUUUCUUGCCGUUCGGGCGUAAGCGCUGCAUAUGUCGUCCCUGUUGCGAUUACCUCUUUCUCCUGGCCUUUCAUGCGCUAUUUCCCAGGCUACUCUGCUCUGUCAAUAUAUGAAUGUUGCUUUCUGCUCCCAGAGGCCAUCAGAGCGAAGCUCAACUCGACUCCUCGACCAAUAGAGAUUAUAUCGAAACGCGAAGGUCGUGUGAUCUGUGUCGAAAAGGCUUUCUGCAAGGGCCGCAAAGCUCUUGACCUCGUGCGCAGAUUCAGCACUACUCCGAUCCCAGGCGCACCGGCAGAGUGGGAUGAUACGCUCGGUGUAUGUCUAGACCUGGAAUGGUACAACCAACCUCCCGAUAGCCCGGUGAAGAUCAUCAAUGAGUGUAGUCUAGCCGUCUCUCCGAUGAAGAAGCUUCGUGACUGCAAGAGUCAAAGUGAUUCUGGAGAUCUCAUUCGAAACUUUGCGGUAUAUUACAUCCCCAUCGUGGAGAUGUGUCACAUGCGGAACAAGGGGAAAGACAAAUCUGGUAUACCUUUCGAUCAUUCCGAGCCGAACCCAAAGUUUUGUCAAACGCGCUUCGUUACGAAGUCUGCGGCCCAAGCAGUCCUGGUCAAGUUUCUCGGUUUUCAGCGCUGCGACGAUGGGUCGAAGAGGCCAGUAAUUUUCUUUGGUCAAGGCCUGAAUAAUUAUGAGCGCCAGCUGGAGCAGCAAUGGGGCCUUAACACCACUAAGCUUUACAGUGUCGUGCUCACGAUCCGAUCGCUUAGAGCACUGGCGAGCCACGCUGGUACCGUCGCUGCACCAGAUAAAGAACGCGGUAAAAGUUUGCCGAGGUUCGUCGAGCUUCUUCGUGGACUCCAAGUCAACACCACCAGCAUCUGGAUGCACAGCAGCUCCAACGAUGCAGUGUAUGGGAUGACACUGUUCUUUUUCGUCGUCCUCUUCCCAGUACUGUAUCUGGGUGCGCCUCCUGAUCAAUUCCCAUGGGACUGCACUAUCGCCGGCCGCUCUAUCCAUGCUAUAUGGACCGAUCUUGCUGAGGAGAAGAAGACUAUCCCGCCGCAGACGUGGGGCACUGCUCAGUUUUGUUGGUACUGUGAAAAGGCAGACGUGCAUUAUGCCAACGCGUGCCAUGUGAAGGAGACUAUCGAGUGCGACAUUUGCGCGAAAGCUCCUGGCCCUGAGAACAAGCGCUUCCGUAGCAAGCAGUAUCGCUUUGGCCAUCAGACUAGUCGGUGUACCCGUUCAGUUCAGGCACAACAUUCCACCCCUGCCUGCAUUUAUUACGGACAACCUAGACCACGAAGAGCAGCGUGCUGUCUCUCGAGCUAAGGCUAGCGACGAUGUUGCAAUCGGUGGACGGAUUCUAUUCGACAAGCUUCUAGCACCUGGGUAUCCAGGCAAGAUUGGCGAUCGCGAGUUGGAUGCCGAGGACGAGCGUCGCGCUGGGGAGCAAAAGAUGCUGUGGAGCUUGAACGAUCCUACCGACGACGAUUUUCUCUUGACGAUGAGUAGUACGGAAGUUGGUGUGUGCCAAUCGAGUCGAUUUUGGGUGUAUAUUCAGCCUUAGGCUCGGGGCUCAUAAACGAGAGGAUUGUUUGC